CAUUUGUUGAAGAGGUAUUGGUUGAUGAAGCGAAUCUUUCUGCUGCAGAAGCUGCUGCACUAGCCGAUGAAGUUGAGCAUGGACUAUCUUCUGUUGGGACAAGGUCCGUACAUUCUCGUCGUACCUCAACGGCCACUCGUCAUACAAUCUUCCAUGUUCCAUCGAUCACGAUAACUACUGACGAAUCAUCUAAGGAUGAGCAUAAACUCGAACAAAUACCACAACAGAAUCCAUAUCAAUCACUCUUUAAUCUUGCCAGUCACAUCGUAGAUCGUAUUAAGGAUACUGAUCUGUUAGCUUUGAAUCGUAGAUUGAAACGAACAUUCGACAUUUUAGAUUUAACUAAUUUGAGUAAUAACUUGAUUGAGAAUAUCCAGAAUGAUGUUGAAAUCUUUAGAGAAAAAUUCCGGUGGGUGGAAGAUUUUCGCAACAAUGAAGAGACGAAAACAAGCGAAAAGGAUAUUUCCGAUGACAAUACGAGCCAAAAGGAUGUAUACUCUUUUUCACCGGAAAAUUUCUUACCAUUAGUUCACUUAUUGCAAGAUCUCUUGUCGGAAAUAUGCAAGUUACGCGUGAUGAUUAACGACCUGCAGGUCUCCUAUGUACAAAAAGUGGAAGAGAGUCGACGAAAGUCGGAAGAAGAAUUUGAUAAGAGUGUGGUGAAUGGGGAGAACAGCAAUGAAAUAUUAGAGGGAAGGGAUAGGAAUAGACGCGCUCAAAGCAGUGACGGCGGAUUCAAAGCAUAUCUCAGCAAAGUUUUUGGUAUCAUGGAAGUUCAAUCGCCUCCCUCAGGGACUC